CGUGGCUGUCCAGCACCCUUAGAGUGGAGAAGCAGAAGACUCCGCUUUGAUCUGCAGUCCAGCCCUGCGGCGCUGCUGGAGGAACAGCAACAGGAGCUGAAGAAAUGAAUGAUACCCUAUUGCAAGUCUUCUGUUUCUGGUGUGCACUUUCCUACUCCGCUCAAAUUUACCUCCACAAAACCCUCAAGAGAUUCCACCAAGAGGAAUGUUAAGCUGCUGACAGUAAUUAAAUAUGGAGAACAUGACAUCCAGAAUGGUCUCCAAUGCUCAGCAAACAUCCUCUGGAAUUCUCCACAGUAAAGCAUCUCAGAGACAAACACAGAAAACUACAGGCAAGGAAAAACCUCGUCACUGCUCAGUGUGUGCAAAGAGUUGUACUCAACAGAGUCUUCUCAAAACCUACCAGCACAUUCACACAGGAGUGACGCUGUAUUACUGCUCAGAGUGUGAGAAGAGUUUUGAUCAACGUAGUACUCUCCAAAUACACCAGCGCAUUCGCACAGGAGAGAAAUCAUAUCUCUGCUCCGAGUGUGGAAAGUGUUUUAGAGAUGGAGGUGUCCUCAAAACACACCAGCGCAUUCACACAGGAGAGAAGCCCUAUCAGUGCUCAGAGUGUGGGAGGAGUUUCAAUCAACAAAGUAAUCUCCAGCGUCACCAGCGAAUCCACGAGGGAGUGAAACCAUUUUACUGCUCAGAGUGUGGGAAGAGUUUUACCAGACAGAGUCAUCUCCAACGACACCAGAUCAUCCACACAGGAGAGAAGCCGUAUCGCUGCUUGGAUUGUGGGAAGAGUUUUACUCAACAGAGUAACCUCCAACAACAUCAGCGCAUCCACACAGGAGAGAAGCUGUAUCACUGUUCAGAGUGUGGGAAGAGUUUUACUCUACAGAGUAACCUGCAACAACACCAGCGCAUCCACACAGCGGAGAAGCCAUAUGACUGCACAGAGUGUGGGAAAAGUUUUAGUCAACUGAGUUAUCUCCUUAAACACCAGCGCAUUCACUCGGGAGUGAAGCCGUAUUACUGCUCAGAGUGCGGAAAGUGUUUUAAUCAACUAAAUUAUCUCCAACAACAUCAGCGCAUUCACACCGGAGAGAAGCCGUACGAUUGCUUUGAAUGUGGGAAGAGUUUUAGAGAGAGAAGUACUCUCAUGAAGCACCGGCGCAUUCACACCGGAGAAAAGCCGCAUCGCUGCUCGGAGUGCGGGAGGAGUUUCACUCAGCUGGGUGUUCUCCAACGACACCUGCGCAUUCACACAGGGGAGAGGCCGUAUCACUGCUCAGACUGCGGGAAGAGUUUCAGUCGACUGGGGCACCUCAAUGUGCAUCAGCGUAUUCACACAGGAGUGAAGCCAUAUUACUGCUCAGAGUGUGGGAAGUGUUUUAGAGACCGAAAUUUUCUCCGGUUACACCAGCGCGUCCACACAGGAGAGAAGCCGUAUGACUGCUCAGACUGUGGGAAGAGCUUCACCCAACGUGGUCAUCUCACUCGACACCAGCUUAUCCACAUGGGAGUGAAACCACAUUGCUGCCCAGAGUGUGGAAAGUGUUUUACCAGGCCGAGUCACCUGCGACAGCACAAGCGCAUUCACACAGGAGAGAAACCGCAUCAGUGCUCAGAGUGCGGGAAACAGUUUAGUAGUCAGAGUAAUCUCCAAAUGCACCAGCAUAUUCAUACAGGAGAGAAGCCGUAUCAGUGCGCAGAGUGUGGAAGGAGUUUUAAUAAAAAGAUUAAUCUCAAAACACACCAGCGCAUUCACACAGGAGAGAAGCCGUAUCAGUGCUCAGAGUGUGGGAAGAAUUUUACUCAACAGAAUAACCUCCAAACACAUCGGCGCAUUCAUACAGGAGAGAAGCCGUAUCGCUGCUUUGAGUGUGGGAAGAGCUUCAAAGCCAAACGUACCCUCAUAAAUCAUGAGUCCAUUCACACAGGAGAGAAAACCAAAUAACAGAGUGUGGGAAGAGGUUUAAUUAACAUGCAUUUCCAGUUAUACCAGUGUAUUCACACAGGAAUGAUGCUGUAGGUCAGUGUGCUGGUCAGAGAGGAGCUCCAGGUGACAUACUUGUUUAUAUACCAGACACACAAAUGCCCUGAAAGCAUCAGGAAUGCACUGCAAUUGCAUUAUGAGAGUAAAAGUCUGGAGGGAAAGGAGGGUCAGAUUUUUCUUAUGGACAAAAUUUCCUUUUCUGAACGCGGCCCACGUCCAGCCUGCAGCCCAUAUAACCAAUACGACACACGUAAACAAAUCCUCCCAAUUACUCCCAGUAGAUUCACGUACAGCUUGUUUUCGACAACAUAAAGCAAGUGAAAAUUUGAAUCACUAUAUGUAAAAGGCAAAGUUUUUAUUGCAUGUAGAACUGCACCUUUCUUCUGGUCCCUCUUCCUUUUCUAGCCUUAAUAUAUGGUGAAAUCGGUCAGGAAAUUCCAUAAUUGAUAGUAAGUAAUUGUUUGCAUUAUAAUUUCCUCAACCUGUGUUGAUACCAUUGACAAUGUAUUCAAGUUCUCAAAAUUCUUGAUGGUUCAUAUUUUAUUUCCCAUUAAUGAGCUAAAUUUUUGUCCAUUAAAAUGAGCAAUUUGC